GCUGAACCGGAAAGGCUGCGCGGCAGCUCCAGGAGCGGCUCCCACGUGCGGAGCGCCGCCCGGCCCGGCCAGCCGCCGCCAUGGCGGCCGUGCGGGUGGAGGACGUGCUGGCGGCCGCCGAGGAGCAGGAGGCGGAGAAGCGGCGGAGCGUCGCGGUGGAGAAGGAGCUGGAACUGGAGUUCGACCUGGGCAACCUGCUGGCGCUGGACCGGAACCCGCCGCCGGCGGCGGGGCUGCGCGGGGCCGGCCCGCGGCGGGAGGCGCAGCUGCGGGCGCUGGCCCGCGACAACACGCAGCUGCUGGUGGCCCGGCUCUGGGAGCUGCCGGCCGAGCGCGCCGGCGGGCCGGGGGGGCCGCUGGUGGCGCGGCUGCCCGAGCCCGCGUUCCGCUUGCCGCGGGAGAAGCCGCCGCCGCGCCCGCGGCCGCCCACCCGCUGGGAGCAGUUCGCGCGGCUGAAGGGCAUCCGGCGGCGCAAGCGGACCGCGCUGGUGUGGGACGAGCAGGCCAAGGAGUGGCGGCGCCGCUGGGGCUACCGGCGGGCGGGCGGCGACCCGGCCCGCGCCUGGCUGGCGGAGGUGCCGGCGGGCGCAGACCCGGAGGAGGACCAGUUCGCCCGGCUGCGGCGGGAGAAGCGGGAGCGGGUGGCGCGCAACGAGCUGAACCGCCUGCGCAACCUGGCCCGCGCGCACCGCGCCGGGACCGCCGUCCCCGCCGCGCCCCUGCACCCCACCGGCCACCAGAGCCGGGAGGAGCUGGGCCACGUUGCCCGUGUCGCCCGCGUCUCCACCGCCUCGCUCGGCCGCUUCCAGCCCCGGCUGCCCAAGGAGCCGGCGGAGCCACCGUCCCGCAGCGGCGGCAGGAAGCGCCGCUUCGAGCCGCUUCUGGGCAACCUGGCCGCUGAGCGUGGCCGGCAGCUGGAGAUGCUGCGGGACAUGAACAGCAAGAAGCCGGUCCUCGACAUCACCCGCGCCGUCAACAAGCAGCUGCGGCAGGAGGAAGCCGAGGCGGCCGCCGCCAAGGGCAAGAAGCAGUCGCAGCGAGGGAAGCGCGGCCGCCGGCGGCAGCACGUUGGCCGCAGUGGCAAGAAGAGCGGAGCCCGGCGGCAGCAGCGGCGGCCCACAGGCAGCAGCACCAGCGGCAGCAAGAGGAAGAAGGCGUGAGGGAUGGAUGGACUGCAUGGGGCUGGGUAUGCCCACUGAGGCACGGGAAGGGACUGUCACUGCCAGCCUCCUGCCUGGUGCUCUAUUCCCACACCUGUUUGUCAAUAAACACGCUCUGGCAUUUCUAAAA